CCAUCACCAUGGAUGCCAAGGUGAAGGAGAAAGGAAUUCUUAAGCUGGAACCGAGACAGCGCACCGAAAUCAAAUUAGAAUUAACGCCACAGGGCUCCUAUGACCGCCCUCCUGGUUCACCGCAACCGUCCGUUGAUCGAUGGUCAGUCACCUGGGCGGACCCUGGCAGUAUGACUUCUUCGGGUGUCAAUCUUUUUCACCUACCUGCCGACACACCAGCUAGUAAUGAAGUCAAAUUUUCGCCAACAGCGGCAGAUGGCUCUGAAGAUGAAGAUUACUCAAGUUUGAGUGCCGUUCUGAAGCAACGUCGAGCUAGUGUGCGUCGAUCUCGUAAGGGUCGGUCAAGACGCCCAUCUUCUCCAUUCUUGCCAGACGAAAAUCGUUCAAGAAGAAGAUCCUCCGUUUUUACUACCAGUUCUGGAGACACUGCUAUAUCCAUUGAUGAGCAACCAGUUGUUACCCAGGAACAAAUUUUUGAAAACAUACAUCUUCACAAGGAAGUUCUUGGUUCAGUCAAACAACAACCACUUGGAAUGAGAAGGAAAUUAAAAAUUGUUCAUCAGGCAAAAGGUUAUGUUAAACGACAUGAAGGACAACUGCAAGAAAGACUUGCUCAAUCCAAAAGUACGAGAGACAUCUAUGCGAGGUUUAAUAUACUUCUAGCAAGUAAAUGGCAACAAAUGAAAAGGGAAGCUGCAAAUACAUCAAAUCUACUCAUUCCUUGGGAAUUGCGCAUAAAAGAAAUUGAGUCGCAUUUUGGCUCUGUCGUUGCAUCUUAUUUUACAUUUUUGAGAUGGCUGUUCUGGGUGAACUUAGUCAUUGGUUUUAUAUUGCUCGUAUUUGUAAUAAUACCUGAGUACCUUACGGCAAAUCCUCUUCAAGACGGAGAAAGAAAAAUUAUUAUGGACGAUGAGUAUCGUAAUGCAACAAAUUUAUUAACGCUUUGGGAAUUCGAAGGUGUCCUUAAAUACUCUCCUAUAUUUUAUGGCUACUAUAGCAACGUGGAACGAGACCAAUAUAGAAUGCCACUCGCUUAUUUUCUCACUGGUUUGGUCGUGUACAUUUAUAGUUUUGUCGCCAUAUUAAGAAAAAUGGCUGAAAACUCUCGAAUGUCUAAGUUGUCGGAAAAAGAAGAUGAAUGUAUUUUUUCUUGGAAGCUUUUUACUGGUUGGGACUUUAUGAUAGGUAAUGCUGAAACCGCACAUAAUCGUAUUGCAUCAGUUAUAUUAGGAUUCAAGGAAGCUCUUCUAGAAGAAGCCGAAAAGAAAAAGAACUUAAGAAAUUGGCGAAUAAUAUCCUUGAGAGCAGUCGUAAACAUCUGCGUUAUUAUUCUUUUGGCGGUUUCAGCGUAUGCCGUUGUGACAGUAGUGUAUCGUUCAGACGAUAACGCUAAGAUACGCAGUUGGUGGCGUGAAAAUGAAACCACUAUAGUGGUUACUGUAAUUUCAAUUACAUUUCCAUUGUUAUUUGAACUUCUUGGUCUUUUGGAACACUAUCAUCCAAGAAAACAACUCAGAUUGCAACUAGCCAGAAUUAUGCUUCUUAAUUUACUUAACUUAUAUUCACUUAUAUUUGCCUUAUUUAGUAAGAUUGAGGGCAUGAGUAAAGAAUUAAUUUCAUUACAACCAACUUUAAACUUGAAUGCCACAUUUUUUUCUGAAAAUACUUUAAAUAUGAGCGAAACUCUAAUAGGCACCUUACCAAUAACAUGUUUUGAAAUAGCCGUUCCCUGUUUACCAUGUCAUAUGUUAACUGUGCCAAUUGAUUUUACAAGCACAAAUUCUAGUGUAAAUGGAAAACGGAAAAAAAUACCAUUCGCCACAGGGAAUACACCGACCUUUUUAAAUAUUUUACCGUUUACUAAAAAAGAUGAUAGGAAACACAACAAACCGAGGAGCGUAUCUUUUUCAAUAAAUGCGAGAAGAGGAAAAAAAGAUGUUGGUAAAGAAAAUGAAGCAAAUGUUGAAAUAGCUAAAGAAUUGGAAAAACUCAGAAAUAUUAGUAGAUUUUCCGGUGUAUUGGAAUCUAAUGAGAGCUUAGAAGUGGAUGAUAGUGAUUCCGAUGAAAAUUAUGAUUUAUAUUCUGCACGGAAAAUCGACAUCACGUCGGAAGCUUAUACUAACACCGAGAGUAAUUUUUAUACAUCAAACUCGACCGCUUUUUCUUUUGAUUACUCUGAUUCAUCUGCGGUGUACGAGGGUUUUAUUAAUGACAAUAUUUCAACUCAAUCAAAUAAUAUAAAUUGGACAGAUAUCACUAUACCUGAUUAUGUCUAUGAAAUAGAUACCAGUGCCACUACAGAAUCUGAAACAAAUACAGCUAGUUCAAGUAAUGAAUAUACGACUGUUUACACAGAAGAAACGACAUAUGUGUCUGAAGUAAAUACAGAGAGCUCCUCCUCCUCCUAUUUUCCUUUAACCGACGAAUCAAAUUAUAUUACAAAUAAAUUAUAUGACAUAACAGUAGAAAACGAAAUAAAAUCUAGCCCAGAGAUUUCUCAACAAGAUAUUACCACAGAAAUGUCCUCGUAUUAUAUAUCGUCAGAAGAUAUGUUUACAUCUACUACUAAUUUACCAAGUACUUUUGAAUAUGUAUAUGUUUGCCCAAAUAUAAGUUUUAAUUGUUCAGUAAGCUGUGGCGAUAAAAAUGUAACUCAAAUUUUCUUCAUGUCAAAUUGCUCUGUUGUCAAUGUUAAAUGCUACAUAACAAAAUGUAAUACAUUACAAAUGAGUACUGGUGCAUAUAAUCACAACAAAACUAACGUCACAGUUUAUGACACCGUAUUUUUUGAUAAAUAUCAUAGAAAAAUGUAUAACUUGACCAUGGGUACAAGAAAAAAAUUAUUGAAACUUUGUUGGGAAACCAUGUUUGGUCAGGAAUUGGUGAAAUUAACAAUGAUGGAUCUUGUUUUUGUUUUGUUAGGAACUUUAUUUACAGAUUUUUUCCGGGCAUUAUUUGUCAGAUAUAUGAAUAGAUGUUGGUGUUGGGAUUUGGAAAAGAAAUGUCCUGAAUAUGGAGACUUUAAAAUAGCCGAAAACAUCUUACAUCUUAUUAACAAUCAAGGGAUGGUUUGGAUGGGAAUGUUUUUUUCGCCAGGACUCGUUGUAUUGAAUGUUGUAAAACUGAUGAUAAUGAUGUAUUUAAGAUCGUGGGCAGUCAUGACCUGCAACGUACCACAUGAAGUAGUGUUUAGAGUAUCUAAGAGUAACAAUUUUUAUUUAGCAUUGUUAUUGACAAUGUUAUUUCUUUGCGUUCUACCAGUUGGCUAUACCAUUGUUUGGGUAACACCAUCAUGGCACUGUGGUCCUUUUUCAGAAUAUGACAAGAUUUACAAGAUAUUGACAAAUAAUAUCUAUAAAAUUUUACCAACCAGUCUUAAUUUUACAUUGGAGUAUAUUGCUUCGCCAGCAAUAGUCAUACCGUUGCUAGUUUUGUUAAUAUUAAUUAUUUACUACUUAACAUCGUUGACCAAUUCUCUAAGAGAAGCUAAUAAUGAUUUAAAAAUUCAACUAAGAAGAGAACGCACUGAAGAACGUAGAAAGAUGUUUCAAUUAGCAGAUACAAGAAGAAGGGGAGGAUCUUCGUCAAUAGACAACACACCUUUUUCAAGAUGGAAAAAAGCUUUACCUUCUCUUCCUGUAUCAAAAUCAAUCGAUUCUGAUGAUAGAAAAACCACAAGUGAUAUUACUAAAGAACCUGCCAAAAAAACAAUGAAAAAGAAAGGUGGAAUAUUUGCCAAAAUUGUUAGCUUAGCAAUCGAUAGAAAAACUAACGAGGUAACUAUCAGUGAUACCUCACCAAUCCCAAAAAAUAUUGAAGAAGAAACGGAUAGCGAUUUUCAUGAGGUACUACCAAGAGAAAUUUUAAACAUGAACGAUAUGGAUGUGUCUAUAAAGGUUGAAAGUAAAAGGAAAACAAUCGUGGAUUUUAAAACUGAGGGAAAUAUAGAUAAAGACCAAUUUAAUACUUAUGAUAAUCUAAAAAAAACAGAGUCACUUCCAGAAAAUGGAGUUGGCCUAGAAGAAAAAAAUAACGAUAAAAGAAAAGCAAGUCUCAGUGGUUCCGAAAGACAUAAAUUUAAUUCUAGCAAACAAUCUAAGCAAAAUGAUUCAUUGGGGUCGGCUAUACCAGUUAUAACAAUUAGCAAUACAGAAAGCGAUGACGAAGUAUUGCAACCUCCAAAUAUAACUAAUACCCAACAUGAAAUGAAAAUACAGCACAGUAAUAAAGGGGAAAAGGUGAAAGGUCACCUAAAAAGAAAUAAAAAAUGUUCCGAUCUUAAAUCCUUAAAACGUCAAAGUAGUGUCGAUAGUAUAAAUGAAAACAAAAGUCCAAAGGAAAAGGAUAAUGAAAGCGCUGGACACAAGUAUCAAUAUUCACUUUAAUAAAAUUUCUGAAGAUUUUAUAGUAACAAAAUAGUUAUCAUCAAUUAAUUAGCUCAACUUAUUUUUAGAACAACUAAGGUUUACAAUUUUAGAGGAUAGUUACUAACUUAGUAAAAGAAACUAAAAAUAAGAAUUUUUAAAAAUUAAACUGUAAAACUAUGUAGUUUUUAUGUAGAAAUUUCAUAUAGCAUAAAGCCAACGCCUAAGAAAUAUUAAGAAAUAUUAAAUGUCACUUUCACUAUGGAAAUUGUCAUUCCAAUAUUUUUUUCUACUAUUUUUAUAAGUCUUUGGCAAACAAUAUUAGGUUCAUUGUUGUCACGACUAAAAAAUCGUUAUGAAUAUCUACCAGAAGAAAUAAACGCUGACUUAACAACGGAAGCUUUAUAUGAUUUCGAAUUCAUAAGUGUAAGCCCUGAAGAAAGAGUUGAACGUUUUUUACAUACAAAUGAAGGCUUGGAAAAUGUACAGUAUGAUAAGGAAACUCAAACUAAUGAGUUUGAGACCACAAAUUAUAUGAAAAAUCCAGUAACCAAUAAUGACUUCCUAUAUAACACAAAUUACAUUUCAACUGAUCCUUUCUUUAUUUCGAGAGCGACAAUCGCCUCUACUUUUGAAUCAAGAGUAACCUCUAUUAAAACUAGAAGGACUUUUCCAACUCAUUUUCCUACAUUACAAAAAAGCAAAAACAAGGUAUUGGAUUUUUUUAAGACUAUAACAGUUACCUCUUUCACAAGAAUUCCUACUCGAAGUAAGCAAACGUUACCCUUUUAUUUAAAAAGCAACCAAGAGCAACAUAAACAGGAAGCUUUUAAAAAUGAUUUUACUGCUUCUAACUGGUGGAAAACUUCAGAUGGCGUAUCUACAUCCGAAAACCUUACCAAUAUAACUAGUACGACAAAAUCGCUUUUUACAAUGAGUAUCAUAAGGCGGAAAAAGAAAAAACCGUCGUCUCUUUAUAGACCGAAACAAAAGGCUUCAUGUUAUUAUUGUGGUUUAGAUGUUGGGAAUCUUUCGACGCCAUAUUGUUAUGAUGUAUUUGGAAAUAGUGACAAUAGGCUUCAUCGACUACGAAAUCGUCUGAAAAUAAAAUGUUUUCGAGGAACAUCAAAACCCAAACUAGGGAACAAGUAUUACAGCCCAGACUUUAUUGGCGGGUGUUAUAAAAGAUACCUUGACAUUGGCACUACGUAUAAUGAGAGAGGAUGUCGCAAAAGCCCUCCUGAGACUGGAAACUCUUACGCUUCAGUACGAUUAGCAAAGUUGGAGAUAUUACUUGAUAACAUUGAAGAUGGUUGUGUCGCCAGUCCCCAUGCAUCGCUGACUCCAUUUAGUCGCCCAAUUUCUUUGUAUGUUCGAUAUCAUGUUUGUGUAUGCAACACGAGAUAUUGUAAUCAUGCAAGUAAUACAAACUGCUUAUUUUUCCAUUAUUUGCUAUUUUUGUCUUUAAUAAUAUACAAUUUAA